UGCGGUACCGAGCAAACCUCGCGUCGUGUAUUUGCGACCCAAUAGCUACAAAUCAGACAGCACCCUUAAUCACUGUCAAACUGUUGUCUGUUGUCAAAUGCAAACGUCAGAAGAAGGGUGGGAAGAAGAAAGUGAAAAAAAAUUCUUACACGUAGUUUUCUAAUCUUCCAUCCCAAGUCCGUACCGUAUCGAACGGAUCGUGAGCACCGAAAUACGAUCCGUUUUUUGUGUUGUUGUGUUUGUCCCGUCUCGUAGGCAGUGUGUCCCCGAUUUCCGAACGGCGCUGCGCCAGAAAACGGGGUCAAGUGCUCACGGGGUUGGCGUGCGAGGCGAAAAGUAGUGUGCAGUGCAAUGUAAUCGGUGCAUCGCCCAGUGCACAUCUCCCGUAGUAGGGCGACGAACAAAUCACAGGUCACGGCAGAACGAGUUCCACGGGGAUCGCCGUGAGAAGUGUGAAUAGCUUUGCUCAAAGGCGCCACAGCACUAACUCGGGCCCAAAAUGUUCAAAAAGUUAAAGGACAAAAUCGCGGAAGAAGUGAAACAGUCGCCGCAACGGUUCGAGCAGAUAUCGAAAGGAUUGCAGGCCGCAGUAAGCUCGGCAUCCUCUACUACCUCCGAAGUUUCUGGCAGUGAAAACUUUUUCAGCAUCACGGAAGAUGAUACACCUCAAAACUCUCCGCAGCGAGGAACGGCCGCCACCAGCACGAGCACUCCCGUACAGCCAAACAGCAGCAACGUGGCGAACGCGUCAUCAGCCAGCAGCUCGAUACUGUCGAGCACUAGCCUUAACAAUGGCAUCUCCCCGUCAACGCCGCUUACCAGCCCAGGUUCGGCUGGAUCCGCCAGCCAGCAGCAGCAGCCCCGCACCCGCCGGCUAUCGAACUCGUCCAUGGCAAGCGAUGUGUCGUUCCGUCUUCCAGUGUACGACUCGCCCGCCAUCUAUCAUCUCGAAACGGACGUGGACAUCUCCGCGAGCGAGACGGAAUCCGUGUCCGGCAGCGCCAACGCCAACCAGCUGGACCUGGUAAGCAAGGACAAGCUGUUCCAGGCGUACAAGAAGGCACUCGAUCGGUACCAGAAGUAUCGCGAACGGUACACGGAGCUGGCCCGCCGCUACCGCGAGCUCGAAAAGGAUAACAACAAGGCGCGGGCGGUGCUGGUCGAAACGCAGGACAAAGCGCUGCGCCGGAUGAGCGAGCUGCGCGAGCAGUGCGUGCUGGAGCAGCAGGCGAAAGCGCAUCUCGAUUCCGCCCUGCGGAUGGAGAUAGACGAGCUGCAGUGUGUGGUGAAGACGCUCCGCUCGAAGCUGGAGAUGGUGGGCGAGAACGGGAAUGUAAGCGGGGGUGAGAAGGAUCUCAUCUCGCUGGCCGGGGAGGACGGCGCGAACGGCAACACGGAUGGGCACGUACCGUUGCGUGAUACCGGCCCGCUGGAGGACCGCAUCAAGGCGCUCGAGUCGAAGCUGAACGACGAGCUGCGCCAGAAGGCCGUGUUGAGCCUGGAGGUGAGCGAGCUGAAGAAGCGGGAAGAGGAGCACACGAUCACGAUCGCGGAGAACAAGAUGGCCAUCCACUCGGAGCUGGAAGCGAAGGAGGCGGAAGUGCGCAAGCUGAAGGAGCAGCUGGCCAGCCUGGAGAAGAACAUGAAGCAAACGCUGCUCGAGAAGGACGGGCUGGGCAAGGAGCUGUCCGAGGUGCGCAAGGUGGCGGGGAAGGUGCGGGAGCUCGAGAGUACGCUCGGCACGUGCAACGAGCAGAAGAACAAGCUCGAGUCGAAGUUUAUCGAUUUCGAGCGCACGAUCAUGGAGCUGGAGAAGGACAAACAGCAGCUGAAGGCAACGAACCUCACGCUCGACUACGAGAAGAGCGAGCUGCAGAAGAAGGGCAGCGAGAUGGACGCAAGGUUGGUGGGCAUGGAGAAGGAAAAGGCGGAUCUGCAGGUGCAGGUGCAGGAGCUGCAGAAGACGGCCCAAUCGCUCGAUCGGAAGGCGGAGAUCGAAACGCUACAGCAGGAGCUGGACGAGGCGAAGAAAAGUGUGGAAGAAUCCGCCCAAAAGGUGGCCGCAGUUGAGCAGCAGCUAAACGAGAAGGAACAACAACUGUCCGAAGCUCGCACGAACCGGGAAAGCCUUGAAAAGCAGGUGAAACAAACGGAGGCACGUUUGGCUGAGAGGGAAAAGGAAAUCGAACGGCUGCAGAACCAACAGACCGAGCAGCACAGCAAGGAUCGGGAGGAAAGUGUGAAAAAGCUUCAGCAGGCGGAAGAAGAGCUUGCGGCGUUCCGCAAAUCGCAGUCGCUCGAUCAGGAGAAGCUGCUCGAGCUGACCAAAGCGCUGGAUGCGGCCAACGAACUGCACGAUCGCGAUCGUAAGAGCAGUGAGGCCAGCCUGAAGGAGCUGCUAGAACGCAACAGCCAGCUCACCGAACAGCUGGAACAAUUGCAGGAAAAGCUGGACAAAACGAGCGGCAAGCAGAAAAAGAUUCAGGAGGAAAAGAAUGGUCUUCGAGCGGCAAACGACGAACUCGCGAGGGAGUUGAAACAGGUGCGCCAGGAGAUGAAGCAGCUGACCGCGCAAAAGCAAACACUCACGGAGGAAGUGCGCAAUUUGAAGAUAAUCAAUGAAAACUCCGAAUCUGAAGCGCUGCGCUCGUUGCAGGAGUCGAUGCGCGCCUCGAUGGCGGCGGCCGAAACGAAGCUGCUCGAAACGACGCGCGAUUUGAACCACGUGCUCGAGCUAAAGUCGGACGAAAACCGACGGCUCGGCGAAGAGCGCGACGAGCUGGUGGAGAAGCUCGAAGGUGCACACAAGGAGAAGGCGGACCUGGAAACGGAAGGAACCAGCUUGCGGGCAAAGAUCGAAACGGUGCGCGGCGAGAAGCGUGAUCUGGAGAAAACGCUCGAGCGUGAAAUACGCGAAAAGACGGAACUGAAGGCGCAGGUGGAAAACAUCCUGCAAGAGAUCGGCCGGCUGGAGGAGCAGCUGAAGGACAUCAAGGAGGCACAUUCCAAGUUGCAGGAGGAGAAACAGACGCUCGAGGAGAAGAUUGAGCGACUGCAGCGGGAGCACUGUGAGGCCCGGGUGAAGCUGGAGAAGGACACGGUCGGCAAGCUGGCGGCGAAGGUGAAGGAUCACGAGACCAAGCUGCAGCAGGUGGAGUGCGAAAACUCCCAGCUAGCGGAGAAGAACUGUCUGCUCGAGGAAAGCAGUCGCCGAACGGCGGAGGAGCUGAAAAGGCUGACGGCGGCGCUGCGCGCAGCGGAACAGGGCGCCCGCGAGGGCCAGGAAAAGUGUGGCAAGCUGGAGGAGCAGCUCAGCCAGUGUACCGGCGACCAUGCGCGGCUCUUCAACGAGAAGGAACUUCUCGACCAUCAGCACCGAUCGCUACAGGACGCAAUGGAGGCGCGCGAAAAGGAGAAGCUGUGCGUGCUCGACACGAACAAGUGUCUCGAGGAGGAGCUCGCGAAGGUGCGCAGCGAGAACGACUACCUCAAGGGGAAGCACCACGAGCUGAAGGCACUGCUCGAGAGCGACAAACGCCGACUGAUGGACCAGAACGACGCGCUGCAGCGGCAGAUGGAGGAGCUGGCGAAGGAGAAGCAAUCGCUCGGCCGGAACGCGACCGAUCUGGAGAAGCGGCUCGCCAGCUACGAGGAGGUGAAGAUCGAGAACGAGUAUCUGAACACGUUCAACAAGCAGCUGCAGGGUGAGCUGCAGGAAGCGAAGGGUCGUGUGGCCGCGAAGGAGACGGAACUGACGACGGUGCGCACCAAGCAGUCGCAAACCGAAUCGAUGCUGGAAGAGCGCGACAAGGAAAUCACCAAGCUGAUCAACGAGUUUGUGGCGAAGGAGAAGAAACAGGAAGCGGAUCACAAGCAACGGUUGGAAGAGCUGGAGCAACGGCUUCGGGCGGAGCUGGAUGGUGUCGCGGAGCAUGUGCGGAGUGAGUGUGAUGAAACGCUUGCCAAGGAAAAGCAAACGCUACGGGACGAGCAAACGACUUUAGAGGGACGGCUAGAAGAGAUGAGGAAGGAAAAGCAAACGCUACGGGACGAGCAAACGGCUUUAGAGGGACGGCUUGAAGAGAUGUCCAAGGAAAAGCAAACGCUAGAACAGAAGCUGGAAGAGCUUAGCCGCAAAGAGGACGCCGAAAAGGAGCUACGACUAGAGAACGCAAACUUUGCCCGCGAUCUAGACGAGCUAAAGAACGAGCUAAACGCGGCGAUCGUAGAAAAGCUAAGCCAGGUGAAGGAGCACGAACAGGCGCAGCAGGAGCUAAGGGCGCAAAAGGAUCGGCUGGAGACGGACAACGAGCAGUUGCGCACGCGGCUGGCUGCAUUUACCGCCGAAACGGAGCAAAACGUGCGGCGGUUCGAGGCGGAAAUCGAACAACUUAAGACCGCCUCGUCGUCGGUAGCGAGCGCUCCGCACGAUGGUACGGACGGGGCGACCGCUGAGCUGCAACAGUCGUACGAGGAGCUGCGCAACAAGAAGGAGGAGCUGGAGAACAAGCUGAAAAAGAUCAUGCACGAGGUGCAGGACGUGUCGAACCGGAACCUGUUCCUGGAGCAAAAGUGUGAGAACUAUCUCAUCCUGGAGCAGUCGAACGAGCGGUUAAAGCUGGCAAACGACAAACUGUCCCGGCAGUUGGACGAAACAUUGGUUUCCAUGCAUCACAAUGAAGGAAUUGCCGCGAACACGGAGUUCGAGUACUUACGCAACAUUCUAUUCCAGUAUCUCAGCGGCAGCGUUACCGGCAACAACAGCACCCUUGUGAAGGUGAUAGCGGCCGUCCUAAAGUUUUCCCCCCAGCAGACGCAAGUUGUAAUCGAAAAGGAAGCGCAUCGAAGAUCAUUGAUGGGACAGAUAAACAAUCUACUAUAGCAGGAAAAGACGAUGGCAGCAAUGCAGCAAACGCAGCAGUAUCGCAAGGGAGGAUAUGGUUUUCAGUUUUUCUAAUGUGCUGCGAUACACGGCUUCAACUUCGUCCUGGUUGUUCUUCUUUUGUUUGUUUUUUUUUUUAUCAGAUAGACAGACAGAGUUUAGACUUGUAUAGAGACGAGCGGGGGAAGCGAGAUUGUAUUUAUAUAUACAUGUUAUAUUAUUAUUAUUAUUAUUAUUAUUAUAAUUAUUAACAACUAUUCAUACCGUUGGGGAAGUAUAAAUAACUGAUCCCUUUCUGAGCGUGCUGAACCGUUGUUGAAGGGUUUUAGUGAAGGCAUUUUCCUUUUAAUUUUUCAUCCUUGUUUCUGUUGUUUACAGGGUUUUCCAGAAGUUCUCAUAGCUGUGGGACACUUGAUUGACUCCUUCUUAAGUGAAAUGAACCGAAUGUAAUGGGAAUUGGGCUCUAUAGCACCCUUGUUGUGCAAAUCUACCCAGAAUUUCCAAUGAGAUCCUGUCCAAUAAGGAUGCCGUAGAGUCCAAUUUCCAUCAUUGGACAGUUCAUCAGUUCACUUCUCGUAAGAAAGAGUCAAGGAAGUGAGAACUAUGAGAAUCUCAUGAAGACCCUGUAUGUUAGUUUUGGGGUGUUUUACUUUACCUAACCUUCCCAAACGCCCAACUACUACUACUUGCACUGUUUUAUCAGUCUACUGAGGAGAUUAGCAAACAAAAACCAUUAUAUCAACAACAACAAAAACCGAAUGUUCCAUAGCGAGCAAGGACAAGGGCAGCAUAUGUAUGUGUCUGGCCGAAGGAAUUGCAGUUCAAGGCGCAAGCAAAUGUGUUCAUUCGUCGUAUAGCAAACGAUCGAUCACUUUAAAAAAACAGGAGAAUUCUCGCAUCAGCCAAUUUACUAUUACUCUGAUACUUGAUCUUGGAGAACUUGUAGCCUUUAAUGACCAAGUACCAUAUUCAAAGCACGUUCUUUUGCCUAGCCUGGCGUGUGUAUAGAUCUUUACCCUCAUCAAACCAAGCAUAAUUAUGAAACUAGUUAAAUCUUUCCCCAUGCGUCCGAUUCGAUUAGCUUUGCAGGACGAGUGAAGGAAAGUAGGGUUUUAGGAAAAAAGCUAACGAUGUAGCAAAUGGGAAAUGGGACAGAUUAGGAUUAGCGGAUGCGAUUACUAUUGAUUCGAACUUCAAAAGUUUAGCUACCGUGCAUUUUAGAUUUCUACAAUACCUCACUAACUAACGUUCUUUCCAUUCUUUCGUUGUGCUUCGUUGUCCGUCCCCCGCGUACUGUUUGGCAGUUGCAGAAGCAUUUUAUUUUUGGUUGCAAUUUUUGGUUACAGAAAACUUGUUCAAUAGGUUGUGUUUUGUUUAGUUUUAUUUUAGAUAGAUAUUCCUUUGGUUUUGUCACUGCAAUAAUAGAUUAAUACUUUAGUGGAAUGGACGGAGAGUAAACAAUGAGAUAUACGAAGAAAAUGAUAAAUGACAACUCUAGACACCGCAGCAAGUGUUGUUGAAUGAGUAGAUUACAACCAAACAACUCCCAAGUUUAAGAAAGAAAGGCUUUUGUUUGCCACCAUCGUUUGCUUUCUAACUUCCUCUAACGAAAAGGAUCGACCGUGUUUAAACGACAGCGGAUACAGCUUUAGGCCUUAGGCAAAAGCUCACCACUAAUGGUUGACGAGUUAGUGUUGCGUUAUUGCGCUACAGCAUCCGUCUCCAGCAAAACACGACAAGCUUUGUUUUCCUGCAGCCGGAAGCAAUAUCCUUGUGAUUGCGACAAGUAGAGGACUAUUGACCGUACACAGCUUGUCAGCUUUCCUUUGCUUUGCUCGGGUAAACGCCAAAAAGGGUAACGCUGUUCUGCUGUAGCGCGCAUCAUCCCCCCUUAGUUGGAUGGUUUUUAGUGUCAUUAUCGCAUCGGGAAGCAUAAACUACUUCGACUACUCAACGCCACACACACUCACCUACACCCAGUAUUCUUUAGCUGUAAAUCGAUACGAAUAUGAGCUUCUCAGACGCCCCGAUCGGUUGUUGACUACCGUUGUAAAUUAGUAUGGUAAGAAACAUAUAUAGGAAUAAUUAUUCAGUAACAAGUAAAACAUAAACUCACAUCUACAUACAUACAUUCAAAAAAGGGAUAGAAUCAAGACAAAAACAUUGCAAACGGUUUCUCUGCAGAGUCGUUCUCCAUCGAUAACGCCCCGCUAAAUGGCUGCUUAACCAAUAGCCGAAUAGGAAGAAUGCUUUAGAGUAAACGAAAAAGCGGGUUCGUUUUAACACGACUAAAACGCCAAGAGCAGGAGAAAGGCUGAAAUGUAUUGUAGCUAAAACAUUAGACAAAUGUGAAAGGAGCGCGAGCGCGCGCCGUGAUAUAUGCCAGCAACACAAAAACAUGCAAGGAAUAGUCAUUCUGUUAUCAAAAGACA